UCUCUUUAUUGAUAUUUUGUUUGAUAUUUGAAUUGAUUUUCAGUCAGACUUGCGUUCAUUAUAUUUGUUGAAAAUAUAGUUUUCUGUCAGUUAAUUACCCCUUUAUUAAUUUUAUUUCAUAAAGCUAGUAUAUAUUGUGAAAUUUUAUAAUAAUAUUUCGAAAAACACGUGACUAAUGUUUUGCGAUUACAUUUUAACCUUUCAUCACCUAUACAGGUACCCUACAGGUAAGAUAUUACGCAACCUGAUAACUAAAUUACACCUUAAUGUAAUUAAUUAAACCAGUCGAACAAUAAAAGAGGGUCAAAUUUGGGAACGUCGGAGAUUUGACCUUGUUUAUACGGAUAUGUCAUGAAGAAGCAUACGUAUGGAGGAAAGAAUCUCAAGAAAUUUUAAAGAAUGCACUGAAUCGUAAGCUCAACACUAAUGUGGCUAAGAAUGUCAUUUUGUUCAUCGGUGAUGGGAUGGGCGUGUCAACUGUUACAGCAGCCAGGAUACUGCGGGGUCAGAAACAAGGUCGACCCGGAGAGGAAACUGUUUUAGAGUUUGAAAAGUUUCCACAUGUCGCUCUUGCCAAGACUUACAACAUAGACAAACAGACACCAGACUCGGGUGCAACAGCGACCGCCCUUAUGACGGGUAUUAAAGCAAACUACUAUACAAUAGGUGUUGAUGGAAGAGCCAAAUAUGCAAAUUGUUCUUCAAUUAAAAAUGCAAAAGUGGAUGGCAUGGUGAAUUGGUCAAAAUUUGCUGGUAAAAGUACAGGAAUAGUGACUUCUACACGUGUCACACAUGCUACUCCAGCUGCAGCAUACGCUCAUGCACCACAGAGAGAAUGGGAGAGUGAUAUUAAACUACCAGCUGAUCAUGGCGAGUGCAAAGAUAUAGCAUACCAACUCAUAGUAGACCAAUCUGAUAUGCAGGUUAUACUAGGUGGCGGUAGACAGUAUUUCAUGACAAACACGUCUGUUGACCCUGAAACAAAAAAGGUCAACAGUGCGAAAGGCAGACGCGACGGUUUAGAUCUCAUACAGAUGUGGAAAUUAGACAAAGAGGAAAGAGGUGCUACUUACAAAUAUGUUUGGAACAACUCGGAUUUCAACGCUAUAGAUCCAGCAAAAACAGAUUACUUACUAGGACUUUUCCAGCUAGACCAUCUAGACUAUGAAUUAGAACGGGACCACAGUGAUAAAGGAGAACCUUCAUUGCCCGAGUUAGUCAGGAAAGCAAUUCAGAUACUUAGCAAAAACGAUAAUGGAUUCUUUCUUAUGGUAGAAGGCGGUCGUAUUGAUCAUGGACAUCAUGAUGGAAAAGCUAAAAAAGCCUUGUAUGAGACAUUAAGCUUGGAAGACGCCGUGAGAGAGGCUGUAGCACUUACUGAUGAGAAAGAAACAUUGAUUGUCGUCACUGCCGACCACUCUCAUGUGUUCAAUAUUGCUGGAUAUCCAAAACGAGGCAAUGACAUACUAGGUGUAGUAGACCCUCUUUUUCGUCAAUGGUAUCCGUUAGACGGCAAAGCUUAUACUACACUAUUGUAUGCUAAUGGACCAGGAUUUAACACGUCAGGGUCAGGAAGAACUGACCCAUUAGAUGAAGUAGAAGAUUUACAUGACAAAGAUUAUGUCCGAAAUAGUGGAGUUCCUUUGAAAUCCGAAACCCACGGAGGAGAAGACGUCGCCAUUUAUGCACAGGGUCCAAUGGCACAUCUGAUAUAUGGGGUCCAGGAGCAACAUUAUGUCGCCCACGUCAUGGCAUAUGCAUCUUGUGUUGGUCAAAACAAAGAUCACUGUAGACAAACAAACACUGCAUCAUCAUUACAGAAUAGUUUCAUCAAUUCAUGUUUUAUUUUGUUGUUAAAUAGUUUAUUUUAUUCCACGUUUUUAUGAUAUAGUGUAAAUACAAUACACUUUAUCGCUAUUUAUUCCAAUCUGGGUAAGUUCUGAAAUUACAUAACUUUUUCAUAACGUAUUAAACCAGUUAAAACUUUCUGGGUCCCUAUAUGUACAAUAUAUUGUGCAUAAAACUUUUCAAACAGAUCUAUCGAAACCAUCGUAAACCCUUAAAGGAAGCAGCAAAAAAUGGAUCAUAAACUAUCAAACUUCAAAAUUAAUGUUCACCUUCUAAAAUUUUCCCUCUCUCAGCUCAUUACAGGUGACCUUUGUCUUCGCGACACUUGGCACGAACAUGAAGUGGCUAAAGUGUCACUUUUUUUUCUGGAUUUGACUAAAUAGAUAUAUGAUGUAUUAUUGAUGAACUGCUGCAUUUGUCGUCGGAAUCAAUAUCAGCAUUUUUGUGUUAUAUUAUCAUGAUGUAUUAUAAAGCAUUUAACUUUCCGUUCGAUUCCUUUAUUACCAUGACAGAAGAAAUAUGUCAAGUUCACAACUAAUAAGAGGGGGGUGACACGCUUUCUGGAUGCGGAAUAUAAGGGAGGGGGAUUUCAGAAUGUGGGAUAUUUGGGGUAAUAAAGUGCGAUUUGGGAUAUAGGGGGUGAAAAAGCUGAUCUGGGCAACAAGAAAAUAGUAGAUGUGGGGAAAAGCAAUUAAAAAAGCGGGAUUUGCGAAAUAAACACCGACGUGUCACCCACCUCUUAUAAUUGUAUUAUUAAUAAAUCUUAAGUUAUGGUGUGUGUUCUUCUUUAAAAUGCCUAACACCAUUGUGUUAAAAAGUUACCAGUUUAUAAAUUAUUUAUUUAUACUAAA